AGAAAAAUACCAACUUGUUGCAUCUAUGUUAUUACUCGUAGCAAACUAACAAACAGGCAAUUAUCCCCCAAAAAAAUUGCUACUACACAACAAGGAAGACAAGCAUUAGCCAAAAGUAAAUUCCCUGUCGUUUGCAAUUGCUCACCUGAUAUUCACAGAAUCAUUUUUGCAUGUUUUAUCAUCUCCAGAAUUUCCCUCAUCAAUGCAUGUCUCUCAUAGAAAUUCGUCUUAAAGUCAAAUGGGUGUUUUGAUUUCUUAACACCAACAACUGAUGUGAGCCAUGGCAAUGGAAGCUUCUGGCUCUCUUUCUUGCUUUGCGCCCUCUCUCUCUCCUCCUCUCAAAUGUAGACAAAGCUACCUGAUAAGUUUAAGACGACGAUCCUUUGAAACUAAGCAGAACGGGAAGCACUUAACAACUGCAAAAGCUCAGUCAUGGAAGUUCAGGUAUGGGAUGCUUAAAUCCACAAACGAGUUUCAGAGGAGAAACUGUUUCCCAGUUGCAUCCGAAGAUUUCUUUCCGGAAGACGUGAUCGAGUUGAAUGCUUCAGGAACAGAGGAAUUGCCUUUAGACGUAGCCGGUAACUUGGUUGAUGAAGACAUUUCCUCUACUCCUUCGUAUGAGCAACCUGCGGGAAGUGGUGGAAAACCUGGAUUUGUCUCGUUUUAUAGUCUCCAGCGUACAAAAGAGAGUGUAGUCCCUUCACCAAGUGUAAGGACGAAUCAGAACAGCCUUUUAUGGUUCGCUGGCCCUGCUGUUCUUGUAGCCUCAUUCAUUCUUCCAUCACUAUAUUUGCGCAGGAUAAUAUCCUUAAUAUUUGAAGACUCCCUCUUGACAGAUUUUCUCAUUCUAUUUUUCACGGAGGCUCUCUUCUACUGUGGGGUUGCGGUUUUUCUUUUCCUUAUUCACUCUCUGCGUAGCCCGGUUAAAAAUAUUCCUGCUGCCAGCAGUUAUGGAAAGCUAACCACUCAGAUGGGGAGUCGUAUAUCUUCAGUUGCUAUUUUAAUGCUUAGUCUUAUUAUUCCAAUGGUGACAAUGGGUUUUGUUUGGCCGUGGACUGGUCCUGCAGCAUCAGCUGCUCUUGCUCCUUACCUGGUUGGUAUUGUUGUACAGUUUGCAUUCGAGCAGUACGCAAAAUAUACGAAAUCACCUUCCUGGACCGUCAUCCCAGUUGUAUUUCAGGUGUAUAGACUGCAUCAACUAAAUCGAGCUGCACAACUGGUAACUGCUCUAUCUUUCACAGUCAGAGGAGCUGAGAUGACUGCACACAACUUGGCCAUUAAUAAAUCGUUAGGCACUCUUUUGAGUAUCCUCCAAAUUCUUGGCCUCAUCUGCAUUUGGUCUCUCUCUAGCUUCCUCAUGAGGUUUUUUCUGUCUUCUUCCAUAUCGGAGCAAUGAGGUACCCAUAAAAUAAAGAUUUGCAAUCCAUGAUUUGAGUUUACUACCUUUUUAGCCUGUCAUUAGCAUGAAAACUGCCUACACAUCGUUGGAGAGAAGCGCUGGUUCAAAAUUUUCUUGUUAGAUUACACAGAUUAUGUGCUGGUUACAUCUGAAUUACUAGCACAGAUUUUUCAGUUGAGAUAGGAAGUAAAAGGGUUUAUUAGCAUAUUCAUUAUGACAGCUUUUAUAUGCUGCUACAUUACUCUGCCGAACACUUCAGAAAUUUAAGAAAAAGGAAGAAAAGUAAAGGGAUGCUAUGUAAUACUGCUUGUACAUUUUACUUUGUCAGGUUUAAAUUACCAGGUUUUCUAUAAUCGACAUCAUGAACCAUUGAAAACAUA